ACACACACACACACAGCUCCACCCCAUCCUCUAGUUUCAACUCAGCCCCUUCCGUUCUCUCCACAGUUUAAUAAGGGCGGGAGCGCUAGAUGAGUCUCACAUCAAGUUCCGACCCUAAAGACCGCAAAGAAAAAAAAUGUAUCGACUGCUCCGACAGUCUUCUCUCUCGGCGUUCUGGGGGGUUAGUAGCGAUGAUCCGACCUCUCCCCUCCGAGCCUCCACGCCUCCCGACUACUACAUGGGUUACCAGCCUUCAUCACCAGAACCGGCUACAACUCCAUACAGCUCACAGCUCCCGCUAGUCCGAGAAGAACAUCUCCAGCUUCCGCUACUCACCCCUGAAGAUCUCCAGAUGUUAGAGCGGGAUGCGGAGGCUGACCAUUUCCAAUGUGUCUGCAGUGAAUCGUUAGCUGAGGAUGUGGUGAGAUGGCUCAGCUCGGCAACACCUCAUCUACCUCCAAACACCACUGAGGAUUCGGACGCAACGCCUGAAAUCUCGCUGCUGGAUGUCAAGCCUCCACCAGCAGCAACUGCCUCUCACAGCGUGAUUGCAGAGUCGGGAGUGGAAUCGCUUCAUCAGGCAUGGCUUGAGGAGGGCCCUGAAGCCGGGGAUUCGCUUCACUCAGCCAGGCCUGCAGAGGCCAGUCACACUGCCUCGGAGCAUGAAAAGGGUUCACUUCAUGCAGCUUCAACAAUGUGGGAACCAUCAAGCAGCACCACUUCCUGUGGCGAUUGGCUGGAUCUAGAGGUGAUUAGAACAGCUAAGAUGGCCAUCCUUCAUCUGCUGAACAUGACUCUGGACUCUUACGUUCGGGAGAUAUGUAACGGCUGCAUCAUACAUCACCCCAGCCAGUUAAAACAUCUGUGUGUAACGGUACGUGACGAGAACGCGUUUUACGGAGCUCAUUAUGACGAAAUCACGAACCGAGUCAUGAAAGAUCGGUUCAUAUCCACCGUCCAGCUGAUUCUUAGAUCUUGUGGAGUAACAGUGGAUGAUUACGCAACUCUGAAGUGA